AUUAAGUGUCCAGUAAGGUCUCAAAAUAACUCCACAGCCAUCAGCUGGCCAUGGAUGAGGAAAACAACAUUGAGAAAUAUCACAUCAACUUAGAGCCCUUGGAGUCCAAAGUGAAAAUCAUCCAGCGGGCAUGGCGGGAGCACCUCCAGCGCCAGGACCUGCCCCCGGAGCGGCCCCAGGAGCGCAGCCCCUCCCCAGCAUCCCUGUCCUCGGGCAGGAUGAGCAGAUCCAUCAGCAUGAACACCUUCUCCGACAGCAGCACCCCCGAUUCCCGGGAGGAUGGCAUGGAUUUAGGCAGCGACGCCGGCAGCAGCCGCUCCAGCUCGGAAUCCAACUCCAGCAAAGCCACGCCGUGCUCGGAGGGCAAGUCCUCGCCGUGCCCCAGCAGCCUGGACCUGGCGGCGCUGGAGGACUCGGAGGAGGACUCGGAGGAGGAGGACGGGGGGUCCCCGCCGUGCCCGCCGCGCUGCCCCGCCGCCCAUGGGCGCGGGUGCGGGUCCGUGCCCGCCGGUCCCCCCCGGCGCUCCGCCCGCCCGCACCCCCCGCCCCGCACAGACCGGGGGGCGGCCGCGGGGCCGGGAGGGCGGAGGGGCGGCGGGGCGAGGAUCCCCCGGGAGCCGCAGCCCCCCGCGAUGGACUGGGCAGCCCUGGAGAGGCACCUGGCGGGGCUGCAGUGCCGGGAGCAGGAGAGAAACCCCCGCGCCAACCCCGCCUCGGUGACGUAA